GCUAACACUGAUGUUUUAGUGGGAGUGAAGGCUGAACUUGAUGCUCCUGAAUCAUCACAACCAAAUCGGGGAAGAUUAGAAUUCUUUGUAGAUUGCACAGCGAAUGCUGACCCAGAGUUUGAAGGACGAGGUGGUGAGGAUCUCGCCCUUGGAAUUAGCAGCGCUCUCUCCCAAGCAUUUAGCAGUAGUAACUGCCUAGACCUCUGUUCUCUCUGUGUAUUACCUGGGCAACAAGUGUGGCUGUUGUAUGUAGACGUCUUGAUCCUUGAAUGUGGUGGUAGCCUCUUGGACGCAGUUAGUCUGGCUGUAAAAGCUGCUUUGAUGAACACAAAGAUCCCAGCAGUAACAGUGAACACUACAGAAGAAGGUAGUUCUGAGAUAGAAGUGUCUGACGAUCCCUAUGAUGUAAAUAAUCUAGAAGUGUCUAAGGUUCCAUGUAUCGUCACUUUAACUCGGGUUGGCCACCAGUUUGUAGUUGAUGCUACUAAAGAAGAACAAGCUUGUAGCAUUGGUCACCUGUCAGUUGCCGUAACAGAAAGUGGAUCACUUACAGCAGUACGUAAAACGGGUUCAGGAAGUCUUCACCCUGAGAGCAUUCUGGACAUCCUACAGACAGCACAGGAAAUAGGUAUCAACCUAAAUCAACAACUUGUAGAGAAAGUCAAGUUGGAGUCUUCAGUAAAGAAAGAUAGGAGGGGUUUUUUAACAUAAAAAAUAUGAAGUACUUUGUAAGCUUGUUAUACAUUAAAAUUUUACUUUUCACCGUA